UCGCGACCUAGGGCUGUUUUGUAACGGCUUUGAUGUUUACAUACAAGGAGGAAAGUAUGACAUAAUUUGCUGAAGGUUUUUCAUAGUUCAAGAUAAUACAACUUUUUAUCGUUAUGUUGGCUACAAUAAUCAUGUUGACAGUUUAGGAACUAGUCUACAUGUGCGGGCGCAAGGUGAGACUUCGUGGAACGGGGAAAUCGAAGGCUGCGCUAUCCCCGAGACAGUUGAAAACUUAAUAGAAUACUACAGGCGAGGAAAAUGGAUGAUAACAACAAUGACAACGCUCGCUGCAAGUCGUCUGAGGAUAACCACCGCGACUCACCAGUUGACAGCGGGGCAACAGGCGAUGUUGGAGCUGGAGGUCUAGAAGAGGUACAGCUGCAUCUCACGUGCCUACCGGAGCGGUACAUGAUGGCCAAGUUCACCUUAUCAGCCUAUAUGCUCUGCUGGGCAGCACUGAAACUCUACCAGAGACUACGAUGCACUCCUGCCACUCAAGAGGUGAAACAGACCCAGGAAGCUCUUGAAGACUCGGAGGGACUCAGGAACCCAGAGGGAUUAGGAUUAGAGGUGGAGGACGGGGAUUUGGGUGCCGGUGACUCCCAGGACUGGAGCGAGGACGGGGGGAGGACCAGGGACGGUGGGGUUGACAUUACGUCGUCGGAGGAGUACUUUGACUCGCGGUCGUGGCACAGUGACACGCUGUGUGACACUCUGUCAGACCUGAGCCCAGACAGCAGCGAGGACUCUCUGUCUGCCAUACUGGGGGUGGAGGACGUACGCACGGGAUGGAAGAACAGCAGAUACCACACCGCUGGGGACUGUAGAGCCAGACGCACAGCCGAGAGGAGCCAGGACAGCCACAGCACAGAGAACGCAGAGACUGACGUACGCGGACCCAGCAAAGAGAAACACAACCAGACAUGCACAGAGACAGCACAGAGUCAGCCUGGCAACACAGAGAAGAAGCAACACAAUCAUAGGACAAAAACACAGCACAGCACAGAGUUGCACAAUCAGCUCAGCACAGUGAUACAUAAGACAGGAGUAACAACCCAGCACAACCAAGGGAAAGUCAGCACAGAGGUUCGUAUCACUGAAAUCACAGGUAAUCAGAAUGCACCAACGUUAGUGCUUCACACAGAGUCACACAAACCGAAUCACUCAGACAGACACAAAGUCGACAUCGCACAAAGCACAGAAACAUUUGCACAGAGAAACAGCACAGAGGAAACUAGCAGAGAGGCACGAACGCUGAGUAGCACCGAGAAACAGAGCACAGGGUUCGAAAACACAGCUUGCACAGAGAAACAGAGCACAGGCACUAAAUGCACAGGGAUAUGUAAACAACAUAGCGUAGAUAUACAAAGUAUAGAUCUGCUGUCCACUCUACACAGUGUAGAGAAAGAGAAUUCACAAAUACACAACAGUCACCUAGAGCAGGUAAGCCUUGCCAGCCAGGAUACAUCUAGAGCCUACAGAGAGGAGACAACCAAUCAACACAGUUCAGAGACACACUGCAUAGACACACACAACACAACAGACACACAGUGUUCUGACAUAUCUGGCAAACACGUGACACUUUGCAGAGAUACACCCAACACACUCAAAGCAGAGACACACUGUAGGCUCGCGCACAACAAUCACAGCUCAGACAUACACUUAUCUGACACACAAAGUGAACUUAUCCCGGAGCAUCCCACAACAGAUACGCACAGUACAGAAACACACACCACAGAGACAAUCUAUACGGACACACAACCCACAGAGACAGAGAGGAGUAGCACAUCCAACACAGAGACAGAGAGGAGUAGCACACCCAACACAGAGACAGAGAGGAGUAGCACACCCAACACAGAGACAGAGAGGAGUAGCACACCCAACACAGACAUAGAGAGGAGUAGCACACCCAACACAGAGACAGAGAGGAGUAGCACACCCAACACAGAGACAGAGAGGAGUAGCACACCCAACACAGAGACAGAGAGGAGUAGCACACCCAACACAGAGACAGAGAGGAGUAGCACACCCAACACAGAGACAGAGAGGAGUAGCACACCCAACACAGAGACAGAGAGGAGUAGCACACCCAACACAGACACAGAGAGGAGUAGCACACCCAACACAGAGACAGAGAGGAGUAGCACACCCAACACAGAGACAGAGAGGAGUAGCACACCCAACACAGAGACAGAGAGGAGUAGCACACCCAACACAGACACAGAGAGGAGUAGCACACCCAACACAGACACAGAGAGGAGUAGCACACCCAACACAGACACAGAGAGGUGUAGCACACCCAACACAGACACAGAGAGGUGUAGCACACCCAACACAGAGACAAACAGCCCAGUGCCACACACUUUAGAAACCACAGGGAACGUCCAUUCAGCCAGUCCAUGUGUGGGUAUCCUCAACGGACCUGUCACAAAGACCCAGCCUCAGGCCUGCCUCGGUGCUACAAAGCUCCACAUUGAGGCAUGCGUAUCGGGUGUCCGCUGCCAGGAAGAGCACGAGGUGUGUGUCACCAACAGGAACUCAGCAGAGUCGACUGAACCGUCAGAUACGGUGAACGGGAUCUGUCCAAUCAUAUCGUCCGUGGAGGCUGGACUUCCUUUAGAGGCGGGACUUACUGUAGACGUGGGACUUCCUGAAGAGGCGGGACUUCCUUGCUUGCUAGACGCCCGUGUGCCUAUACCUGUUCCCGACCCGUAUCUCUCACCGUCACUAGACAGGAAGGGGAUCAACCAGUCAGAAUCCCAGUUAGCCUCACCUGUCCUACCUACUGGGCUAGAGAGUGGAGGAAUUACAGAGACACAACAACGACAACAACAACAAACACAGCACUCCAGUUCACAACCCCAGGAAAAGGAUGCCGUUCAAACCCAGGGCCUAAUCCCUGAGCUCCAGGACCAGGGGGGCUCUAGCCCAGAGACACCCAGAGACAGUGAGCACUCGCCUGGGGAGCAUGAGUGGGAUGAGGCCUGGCUGAGGGAAGGCUCCACCUCUGUAGAGCUCAAGCCUGGUUUUGCUCAUCCUCAGUCUGACACCGAAGGGGGCAUUGAGGAAUGCCUACCCUCCAACCCCUACUCCCUCCCCCACAUAGACAGGUCGCUUUGCUCUGACAGCUUAGGGUCAGAUGACUCAGAACAUUCCCAGCUGAAGACCUCAGACAGAGAGUACAGGACAGGAUCAACCCAUUCCCUGUCUGUGGAAAGAGAGGAGGAGAAGGAGGAGGAGCGAGAGGAGGAGAAAGAGGAGGAUGAAGAUAAUCAUGUUUACAGUCAGCAGGAGCAGGCAGUAGAAAGCACGUCCUGUCCUUAUUCAGCACAGUCAAACACUGUUAUAGCAGAACUCUCUGACCAUACAGACACUGUUACAGCAGAACUCUCUGACCAUACAGACACUGUUAUAGCAGAACUCUCUGACCAUACAGACACUGUUAUAGCAGAACUCUCUGACCAUACAGACACUGUUAUAGCAGAACUCUCUGACCAUACAGACACUGUUACAGCAGAACUCUCUGACCAUACAGACACUGUUAUAGCAGAACUCUCUGACCAUACAGACACUGUUAUAGCAGAACUCUCUGACCAUACAGACACUGUUACAGCAGAACUCUCUGACAAUACAGACACUGUUACAGCAGAACUCUCUGACCAUACAGACACUGUUACGGCAGAACUCUCUGACCAUACAGACACUGUUAUAGCAGAACUCUCUGACCAUACAGACACUGUUACAGCAGAACUCUCUGACCAUACAGACACUGUUAUAGCAGAACUCUCUGACCAUACAGACACUGUUACAGCAGAACUCUCUGACCAUACAGACACUGUUACAGCAGAACUCUCUGACCGUACAGACACUGUUACAGCAGAACUCUCUGACCAUACAGACACUGUUAUAGCAGAACUCUCUGACCAUACAGACACUGUUACAGCAGAACUCUCUGACCAUACAGACACUGUUACAGCAGAACUCUCUGACCGUACAGACACUGUUACAGCAGAACUCUCUGACCGUACAGACACUGUUACAGCAGAACUCUCUGACCGUACAGACACUGUUACAGCAGAACUCUCUGACCGUACAGACACUGUUACAGCAGAACUCUCUGACCAUACAGACACUGUUACAGCAGAACUCUCUGACCAUACAGACACUGUUAUAGCAGAACUCUCUGACCAUACAGACACUGUUACAGCAGAACUCUCUGACCAUACAGACACUGUUACAGCAGAACUCUCUGACCAUACAGACACUGUUACAGCAGAACUCUCUGACCAUACAGACACUGUUACAGCAGAACUCUCUGACCAUACAAACACUGUUAUAGCAGAACUCUCUGACUCUGACCAUAUUGGGCUGCCAAGCACAGAGGAGACAGAGGAUGCUAUAGUCCCCUUCAGCCCUACAGGAGUCUUCAUAGAGAUCACCAGUGAUCUGCUUGUUGACCUCAGCUCACAGGGUGUGUCUAGUGACAUAGGCCAGGGGUCAACCCAACCUACAGAGACGGAAUCUCUUCAGGGAGACAGCACAGAACCCUCUGCCUUAGAUCAGGAAGCCACGCCGCUGAGGAGGAUAAAGGUUACCGUGGGAACAGACUCUACUGUGUGUAACGACGAGGUCCAGAGCCAGCUGAAGGAGCUAGACAUCCAUCACAGCAUUUCUGGGCCUGAACCCUCUCUCUGCACCGUGCCACCCUCCAUCCUGCCUCUGUCCUGCCUCUCUGACUCCAACAACAACACCAAGGCCAGCGAAGGGUCGGUGUUGGGGUCUCCCUGUACAAGGGGUAAGGGGCCAGAGCAGUGGUCCUCCAAGGUAGAGGUAGCCCCCCAGAGCAGCUCAGAGGAGGGUGGGGAUAAAACCCAUGAUGAGUCCCCUUCCCUGACCGAGCCCUCCACGUUUACCUCUGACCUCCUGGGGGAGACACCAGACAGCCCCCUAGAAUACCCCCCUGAGGACUCUGAGGAGUUCCUGUCCUACCUGGCCUACAAGCACUACUGGAGCAGCGAGGACUCAGCCGUGUCUGGGUUGGGGGACGAGUGUCACUUCAGCUUGGCUGAGGUGGAGGAGCUAGAGAGGCUCCAGGGAGAGGGCCACGGAGACGUCCCUUAUCAGAACCAUACUGAAACUACAGGCUGUAGGAGAGAUACAUCUAACCAUACAGACACUGCAGGCUGUAGGAGAGAUAUAUCUAACCAUACAGACACUACAGGCUGUAGGAGAGAUAUAUCUAACCAUACAGACACUACAGGCUGUAGGAGAGAUAUCUCAUACCAUACAGACACUACAGGCUGUAGGAGAGAUAUAUCUAAACAUACAGACACUACAGGCUGUAGGAGAGAUAUAUCUAACCAUACAGACACUACAGGCUGUAGGAGAGAUAUCUCAGACCAUACAGACACUACAGGCUGUGGGAGAGAUAUAUCUAACCAUACAGACACUACAGGCUGUGGGAGAGAUAUAUCUAACCAUACAGACACUACAGGCUGUGGGAGAAAUAUAUCUAACCAUACAGACACUACAGGCUGUAGGAGAGAUAUCUCAGACCAUACAGACACUACAGGCUGUAGGAGAGAUAUAUCUAACCAUACAGACACUACAGGCUGUAGGAGAGAUAUAUCUAAACAUACAGACACUACAGGCUGUAGGAGAAAUAUAUCUAAACAUACAGACACUACAGGCUGUAGGAGAGAUAUAUCUAAACAUACAGACACUACAGGCUGUAGGAGAGAUAUAUCUAAACAUACAGACACUACAGGCUGUAGGAGAGAUAUAUCUAAACAUACAGACACUACAGGCUGUAGGAGAAAUAUAUCUAAACAUACAGACACUACAGGCUGUAGGAGAGAUAUAUCUAAACAUACAGACACUACAGGCUGUAGGAGAGAUAUCUCAGACCAUACAGACACUACAGGCUGUAGGAGAGAUAUAUCUAAACAUACAGACACUACAGGCUGUAGGAGAGAUAUAUCUAACCAUACAGACAUUGCAGGCUGUGGGGAGGUUGUAGAGGGGGUAGUUAAUUCUACUUGUGCUGCUAACAGUCCUUCAGACCUUUCUGAACCCUUAGCUUCCUACCUGGAGACCAGAGGCCUGCUAUUGGACAGCGCAGAGAAAGAGGAGGUGCAGCAGUCCAGCCCCCACCAAUCCCCUAACCCUCCCUCAGAGGGAGACAGACAGGACUGUAGCAAAUCACCUGGGGCUUUAGGAUUAGAGGACAGUUUGUUUGCUGAGGAGUCCAGCUCAUACAGCACCUACCUCCAGACCAGCUCUCACCCUGCCCUCCUGCAGCAGGAUCGUGGGGUGAGGAUUGUGAGGUACCCCUACUCCGACGUCAGUCUCAACCUGCUCUCUCUCAGUAGCCUCGAGCCCAUCCUAGAGGCAGACUCCGACCGCUCCCUGGACAACUCUGGGAUUGUGGAAGAUGUGACUGGAGUAGAGGAGGAGGGGGAGGAGGAGGAGGAGGAGGAAGAAGGGGAGGAGGAGGAGCGAAGACAGAGUUUUAGGAUGAGGCCCACUGAGAAAGACAGGGACAGUGUUGUCCUGUCUGGUCACAUCAUCCUGUCAAACUCCACCUCCGGCCUUGAGAGCCCGUCGUUGUGUCUCCCCGAGGACUCAUCCAGUAUCGAGUCAUCAGAGCACCAACUGGACUCGUUGACCUUUGACCCCGAUGACCUCAGGGUUAUGACCUUACCACACGACAGGGACCAUGCAAGCAGCGAGAGACGCUCCAGUCCAACCCCCACCUCUGUGUCCUACGACUUUGACACUACCAGCACUAACAGUGAGGAGACGGAAGAGUCCAUCCUGCCUGUCUCGGGGGGGAACACCAACCUCCACAAACCCAUGAAGAGCAACUCUAAAGACAGCCAGGCAGGGAGGUCCAAGAGCUCCAAGUUCUCUGUUUUUGCCAAGAUGCCUUCUUUCAGGAAGGGGAAGAGUCUGAAGAAUGCCAAGGAGGAGGACUUGCCCGACCUGGGCCUGAGCAGGGAUAUGGGGGGAGGACAGGCGGGACAAGGGGGAGACACCUCGGAUGAUGACAAUGUUUUCUUGAAGGGGGACAUCCUGAGCCAGACGGUUCAGCAGCCCUUCUCCUCUGGUCUGGGUGGUCGCUACGAGACAGAGCAGGAGGAUUACAGCUUCUUCCCCUCCACACCACGCACCCGCCAUGUCCGCCUGCUCUUCAGGGAUGGGCCUGGGGACACCCCCCUGACCUCCCAGUCCGGAGGUCUCAGACACAACCAGACCGGGGCCCCCGAGGGCCUGCACGGCUACAAGAGGAGCAAGAGCUCUGACAGCCUCAACCUCCGCAUGCGCUUCGCCCAGGCCCACAAGUCCCUGUCCAGCCUGUUUGAGUCUCGCUCCAUGGACAAGGAGAACGAGGAGGAGCAGGUGAACAUUGAGACUGGGAGCGAAGGGGAGGUGGGGCGAGCCAAACAGUCCUGGAGGAGGCUAAAGAGAGAGAGGGCCAAGGAGGCAGAGCUGCUGAGGAGGACCCUGUCUGUCCCGGUCGGGGACGGGGUCAAGGGAGGGGACGGUGAGGAUGGGGGUGUGAGGACGCCCAGACAGACCCACAGUGACUAUGCGUCCCGCUCUGCCUCAGUGCUCAGUGUCCCUGGGUCCCCCUCCUCUCUCAGGGCCUUGUGUCUCACCGACCCCCUCACUAAGAGGGGCUUCCAGGACAGUCACAGCAUGGUCGGGGAGAACACCCCACUGGGCUGCAAGUCAGAGGGCCAGAGGAGGAAAGGGAAAGUCCCACCCAACGGCCUGUCAAUCAACUUCUCUGACUCCGGACCGCACUCCUCGGACGACUCUGAAGCCCCACCCACAAACGACUCCAGCCCCCUGUCGCCCAUGAGCCCCGCCUCCCUGGCCACCCUAGCCAAUCAUCUGUCUUGGUCCAGCUCCAGGUCCCCAGGAGGAGCCUAUGAGAGCACAGCGUCUAGCAUGGCAGCAACACCAGACACCCCAGUGAGACCCAUGAGCCCCAAGCCCCACAGCCCCAGACCGGCUGCCCAGCACAGGCCCUUCCGCUACCCCCAAUCUGCCUCAGCCCGGGCCUCAGCCCUGUCCUUGCUCCUCAUGGCUCAGUCAGCCAGUGUAGAGGGCUUGUCUGACCCACCAGAGAAGCCCAAGACCCUGAAGCCCAGAGCGGGGCCGCUAGGCUCCUCCUCCCUCAGUCCAUUGGAGGACAGUGGAGUGGACAGCCAAUCACAGAUCAGCCUGCUUACACCUAUGUCCAUCAACCAGUUUGAGACUCAGGGUGGCUGUAGACCCACCAGCCAGGCAGGAGGAGAGAAGAGGCUAGCAGAGCUUAAGUCCCCUGGGUCUGGACUGGUCACUACUGCCUCAGCCCUCAGACCACCACCAGGCCACAGGCCGAACAGGGAGAGGGACAGGGGUCCAAGACGCCACCGCUGCUCCUCAGACGACCUGUGGAUCGAAGAGGAGAAGAGACGGAAGCGGAAGCUGGCCCGAGUCGUGAGGGGCAGCCUGGGACAACUCAACACCCACUGUCCUGAAGAUCUGGAGAAAGCACGGGCUCGAGUGUCCCUGUCGACCAUGGAGGAGUUCUCCGGCAUUCCCCUGAAGGCCCACUGCUUCUCCCAGAGCACCCCCAUCGGACUUGACUGUCUGGGCUGGAGACGACGCAUCUCCUACCCCUCGGUGAUAGUACCAGACGGAGGUGGAGAGAAGGCCGGUCUGGGUGAUGAUCUAGGCAGUGAUGAAGACCUGUAUGAAGAGUUCCGCAGCUCCGGACAUCGCUGUGGACACCCAGGGGGAGGUGGAGAACAACUGGCCAUAAAUGAGCUGAUCAGUGAUGGCAGCUGUGUGUACGCCGAGGCCCUGUGGGACCAUGUCACCAUGGACGACCAGGAGCUUGGCUUCAAGGCGGGGGACGUCAUCGAGGUAGUGGAUGCCACCAACAAGGAGUGGUGGUGGGGACGCAUCCUGGACAGUGAGGGCUGGUUCCCAGCUAGCUUUGUUCGGUUGCGUGUGAACCAGGAUGAGCCCAUGGAGGAGUACCUAGCCCAGCUGGAGGAGGCUGGGGCUGGGGAAGUGGACCGGCCAGGGGUGGGUCUGAUCCUGGGACCAGGCCUGCCGUGUAAGGACCAGAUGAGGACUAACGUUAUCAAUGAGAUCAUGGGCACAGAGAGAGACUACAUCAAACACCUCAAAGACAUCUGUGAGGGUUACAUCAAGCAGUGCCGUAAGAGGAUAGACAUGUUCACAGAGGAGCAACUGCGGUGUAUAUUCGGCAACAUCGAAGACAUCUACCGCUUCCAGAAGAAGUUACUGAAAGGUCUGGAGAAGAGGUUCAACAAGGAGCAGCCGCACCUCAGCGAGAUCGGAUCCUGCUUCCUCGAACACCAAACAGACUUCCAGAUCUACUCGGAGUACUGUAACAACCACCCCAACGCCUGUGUGCAGUUGUCCAGACUGAUGAAGACCAACAAGUACGUGUUCUUCUUCGAGGCCUGUCGUCUGCUGCAGAAGAUGAUUGACAUCUCGCUGGAUGGCUUCCUGCUCACGCCCGUUCAGAAGAUCUGCAAGUACCCUCUGCAGCUGGCCGAGCUACUGAAAUACACCAACCCUCAGCAUAGGGACUAUAAGGACGUGGAGGCUGCCUUGAACGCCAUGAAGAACGUGGCCAGGCUGAUCAACGAGAGGAAGCGGCGCCUGGAGAACAUCGACAAGAUCGCCCAAUGGCAGAGCUCCAUAGAGGACUGGGAGGGAGAAGACAUCCUCAGUAUGAGUUCAGAUCUGAUCUUCUCUGGAGAGCUGACGAAGAUCUCCCAGCCUCAGGCUAGGAGCCAGCAGCGCAUGUUCUUCCUCUUCGACCACCAGAUGGUCUACUGCAAAAAGGACCUCCUGCGCAGGGACAUGCUGUACUAUAAGGGUCGUAUGGACAUGGACCUGAUGGAGGUGGUGGAUGUGGAGGACGGGAAGGAGAAGGACUUCAACGUGUCGGUGAAGAACGCUCUGAAGCUGCGCUCGCUGGCGGGGGACGAGGUCCACCUGCUGUGUGCCAAGAAGCCUGAGCAGAAACAACGCUGGCUCCGAGCCUUCCAGGACGAGAGGACGCAGGUGCAGCACGACCUCGAAACAGGAUUCUCCAUCACUGAGGUCCAGAAGAAACAGGCCAUGCUGAACGCCUGCAAAAGCCAUCCAGCUGGGAAGCCCAAAGCGGUGACCCGGCCCUACUAUGACUUCCUGCUGCGUCAGAAGCACCCGUCUCUGCCCAGCACCGUACCCCAGCAGCAGGUCUUCAUGCUGGCUGAGCCCAAACGCAAGGCGACCACCUUCUGGCAAAACAUCGGCAGACUGACGCCUUUCAAGAAGUGAAACGUCGGAGAGGAGGAUUAGAGGAGAAAGGCUAACGCCUGAACUGACUUUUUUAUCCCCAAUCCUUUUUUUUCCUUCUCUCGUUUGUUCUUUGUUAUACAUAAUGUUAUCCUAAUUCAUAUACUGAUUAUUGUGAAAGAUCAACAUGAUGAUGAUGAUAUUUUUUCUUUGAGAAAGCACUUUAUAGGUUGGUUACAAUCAGACUUGGGAAUGGUUCUCCCGGACAUCGUGUAUACUUUGGGAGAAUGUUACUAGGACUAUUUUACCUGCUACUGCUACUACAACUUCAACCAAGCACCGAUUGGUACUAAUAUUACUACUGCUGUGUGAUCAUGUGACUGCCAAUGAGGCUCCUCUUUUUGGAAAGACAUUGACUGACGCAACUAAAUGAUUUUUUUCCCCCAGUGUUUUUGUUUUGUUUCGACAAAUGCCAACUGUUCACAGUGCCAGAUCAAUUUUGCUUUUGUAUUUAAGUUUGUGCUGUGUCUGCUAUUGAAAAAAAAGGUGAAAAAGGGGGAUAAAGUUUAUUGUACUUCU